AUAACAAACAUGGCUCCUGAGAACAAGAAAUGUUAAGCAGUGCGUGUUUAUCAAGUUUCUCUUGGCUUAUAUAUUUAUUAACGAAAUCAUGUUUGCAUUUUGUUGACAAUAAUGUAUAUUGUCAUGUAUUGCCGAAGACUUCUGUGGAUGAUUUUGCUUGGGUGGUUAGUACAACUACCAUUUAGUGACAGUAAUCAGGUGAAUGAAUUGACACCACAAGAUCCUAUGAUCUUUGUUUCAACUUUGAGGGGAUCGUUUUACGCUGUGAGUAAAAAUAGUGGAAAAAAUUUAUGGCACCUGAAAGAAGAUCCAGUAUUGAAAGUACCAUUAGACUUCAACACAGGACCUAAUUUUUUACCUGACCCAAAAGAUGGAAGUUUGUAUGCCAUCAGUGUUGAUUUUGAAGGUAUUAAGAAAAUGCCAUUUACUAUACCAGAAUUAGUAACAGCUUCACCAUGUAAAAGUACAGAGGGUAUAUUAUAUACAGGUCACAAGAGAGAUGUUUGGAUAGCAAUUGAUUUAUUGACAGGAACUAAGAUGCAGCGAUUGUCUAUGGAAGGUUCCCAAAAAGUUUGUCCUUCUUCAAGUGAACAUUUACUUUACAUUGGAAGAACAGAAUAUUCCAUCAUGAUGUAUGACAGUAAAACAGGAAUAAAAAGAUGGAAUGCAACAUUUAUGGAUUAUAGUUCCCAUGUUGCUCCAGAUCCUACAGAAUACAAUUUACAACAUUUUACAGCCAGUUCUAAUGGGAUGACUGUGACACUUGACAGCGAAACAGGAGAUGUUUUAUGGCAUCAUAAAUUUGAUUCCCCAGUUGUGGCAAUGUAUAAACUGCAUCAAGAUGGCCUACAAAAAAUCCCUUUCCUUAGUUUUGCUCCUGAAACAUUGGAACAUCUUUCUGGACAAGUGUCAUCGACAGCUUGGCGAACACGUUUCUUGAAUCAAGGAAAACAACAUUAUUUUUAUCCUACUUUAUAUGUUGGAGAAUAUGAGUAUGGUUCUUAUGCUUUGGCAUCAAUGGUUGAUGAAAAAACAGUCACUAUUUCACCAAGAAAUUUUGGUCCAUUGCUGUUAGAGGGACCAGAUGCCUCUAUAGUAGAGCCUAUUAAAUCUGAAGAUAAAUCUACACAUGAGCAGAAAAUAAAAGCUUCAACAAUCAGAAGAGGUCGUGGUAUACUUAUGUUAGGAUAUCAUGAAGUUCCAGAAGCAUCUAUUGUUAGAAUAUCACCAGCUUUCCAGAUUACUGACAGAACCAGUCACGCAGAAAAAAUCAUACCAGACCAUAAAAGAACUCAUACACCACCACAAGUAAAUAAUACCUCAGCAGAAGGAGAAGGCAUAGCAGCUUAUAUAACAAAAGAUUAUAAAUUUCUCACAUCAGUAUUUUUAUCAUUAGGAACUAUUGUAGCCAUUGUGUAUUAUUUUCCUAGAAAAACUGAGGAGUCAAUUAAAUUAAUGCUUCAAAAACAAAUAGAAGAGAACAGACGGCAGCAAGCAGAACAGAAGAGUCCAUUGACAACUGCAACAAUAGAAAUCGAUGAUGAAUUGAAAGGACAUAUCCAGAUAGGAAAAAUAUAUUUUGAUCCAAAGCAAAUUAUUGGACAUGGCUGUGAAGGGACCUUUGUAUACAAAGGUAAGUUUGAUAGAAGAAAUGUAGCUGUAAAGAGAUUAUUACCAGAAUGUUUUAGUUUUGCUGAUAGAGAAGUGGAGUUAUUACGUGAAUCUGAUCAACAUGCUAAUGUUAUUCGUUAUUUCUGUAUGGAAGCAGAUAGUCAGUUUCGUUAUAUAGCAUUAGAAUUAUGUGCAGCUACAGUACAAGUAUUUGUUGAAAAUAAAAUAACUAUAGAUGGUUUAGAUCCUAGACAUUUAUUAUAUCAAGCUAUGUCUGGAUUAGCUCAUCUUCAUUCCUUAGACAUAGUACAUAGAGAUAUUAAACCACAGAAUGUUUUAAUAUCAUAUCCUAAUAGUAAAGGGGAAGUUAGAGCUAUGAUAUCAGAUUUUGGUUUAUGUAAGAAGUUGGCAGCUGGCAGAAUGUCGUUCUCUCGUAGAUCUGGUGCUGCUGGUACUGAAGGUUGGAUAGCACCUGAAAUGUUAGAUGAAGAACAACGGACGACAUGUGCUGUAGAUAUAUUCUCUGCAGGUUGUGUUAUUUAUUAUGUGAUGGCUCAAGGUAAACACCCAUUUGGAGAAACUUUAAGAAGACAAUCUAAUAUUUUAAAUGGAGAAUCCAGUCUUGUUCACAUACAUGGUGAUGAUUAUGUGGUUUUAAGAUCUGUUGUGGAAUCUAUGAUCAGAUAUAAACCUGAGGAACGACCAAGUGCCAAAGCUGUAUUAAAACACCCAUUCUUCUGGAACCGAGAAAAGCAAUUAAUGUUCUUCCAGGAUGUAAGUGAUAGAAUAGAGAAAGAAACUGAAGAAUGUGAAGCUGUACAAAGAUUAGAAAAUGAUGCUUAUGUGGUAGUUAAAUAUGACUGGCGUAAAAAUAUUACUUCAGAAUUACAGGAAGAUCUGAAAAAGUUUCGUAGUUAUAAAGGCAAGUCUGUGAGAGAUUUAUUACGAGCUAUGAGAAAUAAGAAACACCACUAUAGAGAAUUACCGGAUCCUGUGAAAUUAUCAUUAGGAUCAGUUCCUGAUAACUUUGUUUAUUAUUUUACAUCCCGUUUUCCUCAUCUUUUAAUGCAUACAUAUGAUGCCAUGCGCUGUUGUCAAACAGAGAGGCUCUUUCACACAUAUUAUGAAAAUGAAAAUGGAUGAAAAAGUACAAAGCCUGCUGUAAUUUUUUUUUAAGAGAAAGAAAAACUAUGACUCUAAGUGCAAUUUGUGUGUCUAUUGAGUAUAUCAUUUUGAAAAUUCUAUUUUUAUACAGAAAACAUUCCUGCCUUUUUAUUUUGUAUAUUAUGUAAAAUGGUAUGAUAAAAUAUUGGAUUUAUAUGAGAAUAAUUGGAUUCAUAUUAUAAAAUGAUAUUGUACAUUAUUGGAUUCAUAUUAGAAUGUUUUGACGCAUAUAAAAGAAUUUAAAAAAUCAUAUGUAAUAAUAUUGCAUUCAUAUAAGCAUAUUUUGAAUUAUAAAAUUUACUGUGCUCAUAAUUCUGCUCAUUGGAGUAUAAACAAGGUAUGUUAUGAUUUUUGAUGAAAAGGGUCUGGAUUUGUGUUUUUUGUGAGAUUACAUGUAUAUGUUAUUGUUGUUUAUUUUUGUAGCUGGUCUUUUUUGACAAUAAUUGAAUCUAAACAAAUUACUGUAAUUUUAUACAGGCCAAAAACAAAAUUGUACAUAUUAUAAGUAAUACAUAUUGUUUAGAAGAUUUGAUCUUGUUUCAUUAUGUCAUUAUUUUUGAUUUUUUAUCACAUCGAAAAAAACACAAAUAAAUCAUUGUUUUUAUUCAUUUUGAAAUUCAUUAUGUAAAUUAAUGAAAAAGUGCUAUACUAUGACGUUCCUGAAUAACAAAAACUCUACACUUUAUAAAAUUAUGUACCAAAAACCACUGUCAUACCGGGUGACUUUGUCUAAACCUGUAUCAUCAACAUACCUAUUCAGUUUCCUAAUUUAUAACUGCUGAGAAUUGAUUAAUCAUGUUGCUUCAGUUUUGUGUCUUCAUAAAAAAAACUCUGCUAGAACCAUUCAACAAUCCAUCUGCUUAUUAUUACUUACUGUACUUAUCAUUAGUGUUGUAUAUUGUAUUUAUUUAGGUAAAUAUUUUGUUUAAUUAUUAUUAUUACUAUUAUUAUUAUUGAUUACUAUGUAGUAUAUCAUGAAUAGCUGCUACUUUACUUGCAAAUAUUUCAGUAUAGUAUUAUUGGUUUACUUUAAAGGGGACGGGGGGUCAUCCAUGAUGACACCACACAAUAAUUGUGAGGGGAUUGUUACUAUUUAUCUUUUUUGGUGUGUGUGUUUUGUUACAGACCAGAAAUGUAUGACGUCUGAGAUCUUAUGCAUUAAUUGGCUGCAGACAUUAAUGUGUUGUUUUACAGUAUAUUCAUUCCAGAAAUGAAACACUGUGGUUUCUGACUUUUAACAGUACCUCAGAAUUACACCAUGACCAAAUCACUUGUGUAAAUACCCAUGUAAAUAUAGUUCAUUGAUAUUGUGUACAGUAAUUAGUUCACAAGGAAAGAAGAUCUUUUACUGUUCUUUUUGAAAAGUGCUUAUUUGAUGAUUCAAAUGAUGUUAUGAAGUUAAAAUAAAGUUUAGAACGCAUCUUCUAAAGCUUGAUUCCCAAUGGUAUCAGUUCUUUGAACUGUAAUGUUGAUAAUCAAAUCUAUCUGUUUUUUGAUUUGAUGUAAUUUAACUCACUCAUCUGUUUAUAUCAGUAGUAUGUCACUUUGACACAACAAUUUUUAAUGUGUACUGCUAUAGAAGAUAGCAGUCAUUGCUUUAAAUUUUUAUGUGUAGAAUUGAGUUAUUGUUCAGAUGAUUAGAAGAAAUUCAAAUUGGCGGCGUGAAAUCACUAGAGUAAAAAGUAAUGUGAACUUCGGAUGGCCAUAACAUUUUGGACCAAUAUGCUUUUUGGUAAGAGAACUUUUUAUUGUGAAUUGUUUAAAAGUCUACAUCUGCCUUUUAGUCUGGAAUGUUGACCAUUUAAUAUUUAAAUAUUUCCUGAUCAUAAUUGAUGUCCAGAAAUCUUCUUUACUUUAUGCCAGUAAAAAGUCAAUUUCAUUCCUAUUUCUAAUAAUGAAGAAUUUUGUAUAAUACAAAUAUAUGUAUAUAUUCAUUUGUAUAUUACUCAUUAUGAUACAUAAGUGUUCCUUUUUUAUUUGUCAAUAACAAGCCAACAGUGAGGUUGAUGGACCGGCCUCGAUCCAAAAUAAACAGAUGGUUUUUAUAAAGCAUCUAGCAGUAUAAGCCUUAGUAGUAAAUUCUCAUUGUUGAAAUUAUAUUAGUUAAAGGAGCUAAAUCGCUAAUAUUUGAGACUUAGAAAUUGACCCAAAUGGGUCGCAACGCAUAUAAUAAUGUAAUCUGAUUGUAUAUAAACUGAUUUACAUUCAA